AUGGCCGAACAGACGGAGCGUGCAUUCCAGAAGCAACCAACGGUAUUCCUCAACAAUAAGCUACGAACAUUGGGUAUUGGUAAGAAGGCAAAAAAGGACAUACGUUAUGUGCGAAAUGCAAUCACUGGGACGUAUAUUGAUAAGAAGUGUCCAUUCACCGGUAACGUAUCCAUCCGUGGUCGUAUUUUAACUGGUGUUGUUGUGAAGAUGAAGAUGCAGCGGACAAUUGUCAUUCGACGUGAUUACUUGCAUUUCGUCAAAAAAUAUCGCCGAUAUGAGAAACGCCAUCGCAAUAUGUCUGUGCAUUGCUCACCAGCUUUCAGGUUGAUUUUUUCUUUUUUCAAGAUAAAAUAGGG